AUGGGUCCCGAAGGAGGAAAGCUGACCAUCUAUGUGGAUUGUGUAUCUCCUUACUCGUGGUUCGGCUUCACCAAUGCGAUCCGCUACCGGCCUCUCCUGAAUGCAUACGGGGUUUCUGUCGACAUAAUCCCUUUCUUCCUGGGUGCCGCUCGUGAUGGCGCGGGCAACCCUUUCAGCCCAACCCCGAAAGCCAAGGAGGCCUUUGCAAAGCAAGACUCGGAAUUGACUGGGGAGCUGCUCGGCCUCAAGGUCGUCCGCCCCAAGGAAUUCCCCAUCCUCUCUCUAUUUGCAGUCCGUGUGGCGACAUGGGUCAAAGACCACUACCCACCGGAGAAGUUCGAAGCCACAUUUCCCGCCUUCAGCACCGCGUACUGGAGCAAGGGCAUCAACAUCUCGAAACCCGAAGGGAUCGUCAAAGCGUUGGAAGGUAUCUUCCCCGAAGAGGAGAUCCGGGAGAUCAUGAAGAAGGCCGUGUCUCCGGAGAACAAGCAACGGGUCAUCGACCUGACCAUGGGGGCCGGGGCGUUUGGGGCCCCCUGGAUUGUCGCCGUCAACUCGCAGGGCCAGCGGAGGGACUGGUUCGGAAACGAUCGGUGGGACCAGGUGUUUUACCAUCUCGCCGUGCCGUUCAAACCCGUGAGCAUCAUUCCGCCCGAGGAAGCCAAGGCGCGGUUGUGA